AAUUUUAGUGGUGGUUAUUAAGACAAAGAUGAACAAAAAAAGUAGGAGAAAAUAAAAAAGAUUAAGAAUAUAAAGAAAAAUUAUCAUAAUGUUUUCAAAUUUAUGACACAUAUACCGAUAAGUAUUUAUAAAUUAAUUAAGUCCGUAUGUGCGGACAAAACAUCUAGUUAUUAAAUAAAUAAGGAAUGUAAUAUUAUGUUUCACAACAUAGUAUGAAGUCUGUUGACUUGCUAUAAAUUAUUAAAAAUAAUAAGUGAUGUUUAUUCUUGAUUUUGAAUAAAUACAUUUAGUUAUGAUUUUACAAAAUUACUUUCGUAUACUUUUUAUAUAUAUACAAAAGUUUGUUUAUACGCUUCCAACUAUGCAUACUUUCUAAAUUUUUAAAAGAUCUAAUUUUCACUUCCAUACGGUUUCAUUUUUUUGUGUACCCGUUUAUGUGUAUCCGCUUUCGAUUUUAUGUAUGCUUACACCAUCUUAGUGACGACCUAACUAAAUUUAAUUUUAGAAAAAUUCCUAUCACUCAUUAAAUGCCAUUAAUUCAUCUAAUUGCCAUAAAGUCUCAAGUCAACAAAAUGACUUUGAUUAUUCAAGUCUCAGACCACUCAGUGCAUGCAUAUACCCAUAUUCUUAUCACAAAGUGUUUGAUGUGUAAAAAUGAGUGGUCUGAGACUCAAAUACUCGAAGUGUUUCAAAUCCAAAGUAGUUGAAUGGAGACUUUCUGUUUUUUACUUAAGCGUAUGUUGCAGGAGCCAGAAGUAAAAAUAAACAAACUGUGGAGAGAGCAGAAGCCUGAAUGACUAGUGAAGCUAUGUCGAUUGUUGUGGAUGUCACUAGCGUAUCAAAUAAGGUAGCUCAAGAUGAAAAUCUGAAUGGGAGUUCGAGUACGAGCACUGAUCAAGAUGAAAACAUCUAUGAGAAAAUUAAGAAGGCGGCUCAAGACGGGGAUAUAGAGAGACUCUACGAAAUGAUAGCAGAAGAUCCGAACAUUCUAGAUCACUUUGAUAGAGUGCCUUUUUGCGAGACGCCACUACACAUUGCAGCUGAAAAAGGAAAAACACAUUUUGCCAUGGAAUUAAUGACCCUGAAGCCGUCCCUUGCUUCAAAGCUAAACGUGUCAGGUUUCUGCCCGAUUCAUUUAGCUCUACAAAACAACCAUAGCCGAAUGGUGAGAGGUUUUGUAGCACUCGACAGCAGCUUAGUCAGCAUCAAGGGAAGAGGAAGGGUUACUCCUUUGCAUCACGUUGCUCGAAUGGGUGAUGCAGAGUUGUUGAGUGAGUUCUUGUUUGCUUAUCCUUCUUCCAUUGAAGAUCUAACGAUUAAGUGUGAGACGGCUGUGCACGUUGCCGUGAAGAACCACCAGUUGAUGGCAUUUAAGGUUCUAUUGGGAUGGCUCAAGAGAGUAUACAAGGAAGAAAUCUUAGAGUGGAAAGAUGAAGAUGGUAACACCGUCUUCCAUAUUGCUGCAUCUAUAUAUAAUACUGAGAUGAUAAAGUUGCUGUGUAAAACUGCUAAAUUAAAAGCCAAGAACUUGGAUGGCAAAACUGCUAUGGACAUACUACAAACUUACCAAUCUCCUUGCUUUCCUAAAGGAAGAAGACUUCUCCACAGUGUUAAAGAAAGACUACUUUCUGGUUCCACAACGACUCUUGCAGAAUACUUGAGAAAAAAUCUAACGUUUAUGGAGAAACGAAACAAAUUCUUGGGGAUGAGCAACUUAAGCUCAAUUCGAGAGAGGUCUCUAAAGAAUAGCAAACGAAACGAUGCAAUACUUGUUGUUGCUGUACUGAUAGUAACAGCUACUUACCAGGUUGGUCUCAGUCCUCCUGGCGGAGUUUGGCAGGAAAGUUCAUCAAAUCCUACCACCGCUAAGAAUGUUCACCACGCUGGACAGAUGACCAUGUCUUUUAACAUGGCCUUAUUUUUUCUUGCCUUCAACGGAUUUGCUUUCCUAUCAUCUCUCUAUGUGAUCAUACUCCUCAUAAUUGGACUCCCAAUGUGGAAGUUGAUUUAUGGGUCAGUGGCGGUUUUAAGUGUCGCUAUGUUAGCAUCAUACGCUACUAUAUUCCCAACUCGAUACAGCCAAUUGGAAGGGAUAUCAGCGAUCACCUUUAUCAUGGCCUUUCGAUUGAUGAUAGCAACCAUGUUGUGUGCUACUUUCGUGGCAUUCACUAUUGAUAAAUGUCGCAGGCACCGAGUGGACUUCCCAGCAAGCUGCUUCUGCUCAUAGGAUAUUUUCUUUUACUAUUGUUUUUUUUUAUUGUUUAUUGUGCUUCUUUCUAUAUUUGGUGGUUUUUAGGUUCUUUCACUAUUGAUUAUUGGUAUUAUAUGAAAUCAAUUAUCUUCAAGUACAAUUACGUUUACACUGCGCCAUCAUCUGAUCAGAUUUACGUCGUUUUUGUCGGUGUUUGAAUGGGUCUUUGCAUGUAAAGAGGUGGCCAGUCCUAGGUAAAGCCCGAUGAAAUAUUAUGUUCAGGAUUCCAAUUUUUUUGAAAAAACAAUUAAAUUUGUAAAAAAAACUUUCAAAUUUAAAAAAAUAUUUACUGAAAUUUUUGCUAAGUCGUCUUCUGGCCCCAAAAUCUCUGGACCAGCCUUGAAAUAGAUAAUCAAAAGGUUGUAAGAAAUACUAAGCCAUAUAUAUUAGUAUAUUACAUAUAUCCUCUGUUUCUCAAAAAAAAAACCAGCCAAUAUCUAGAAUCUGCAACUUCCAUGCAAAACAAAGAAACAUUCUGAAUUCAAUAAUCUCAUUUCAUACUUACUACUUCUGCUCUGAUAACUAACUGAGUUUUUAUCCAUACUACCUGUUUUCCUUUUUUAUUGUUUGGGGUAAGGAACAAGAACAAUUUUAUUGGAUGUAAAAAGAUGAGAGAAGAGGGGUUUAGUUGUCACCAUAGAUCCACUGAUUGGUGUAAGAAACAAGUUCUUGAGCUUAAACCACAAAUUGAUCUAAUCCGUUGCAGUCUCUAGUCCGAUUCACUUCCAUAGAUUAUCUUCCUGUAAUCUUACAUUUCACUAACCAAAUCAAAUUGAUCUUGAUAAUAAAAUCUAGUUUUUAAUACAAAUCUACGAAAUUAAAACGCAAAUAUUUUCGAUGCAAAGACACCCAGUUUUUCUCGAAGUCAUUUUGGUGGUUUGUUUGGCUUCAGGUUUAAACUAUUGUUAAUUAGACCACAUCUCAGAUGGUCCCUUAUUUUGAAAGAAAAUAUAAAAAAUGAAGGAAAAACUUCUCCAAUGUUACACUAUUUUGAAAGAAAAAAUGAUGCACAAUUGGAGAGCUUUUCCUCAUUUUUUUAUAUUUUUUCUAAUUUUGUGUUAAGCUUUUUAAUUUAUAAAUUAGUCUUUAAGUUUUUGUAUAAUUUUGUUUUAUAUUUAGAAAAACUCAAUAUUUGUUUUAUACUUUAAAAAUUUUAUUAAUACUUUCAUAACAUAAUUAUAAUUUUAUGUAUACCCUUGUAUCUUUUUUAGAAACUAAAUUUAUGUACAUAGUGAAGAUUUAGUUAAAAUAAAAUCAUAUUGUAAGUUUUACAAAAUAAUAACCAUUAUUUUAAAUUAAUAAUAAAUAGUAAUAACAUAAUAAAUUUAUUCUUUUUGUAGAGAAAAAUAAGAAAAAUUAUUAGAACAAUAUAUAAACUCGUUUUUACCUCAUUUUGAGAGAGAAAAUGAAGAUAACUCCUUGACUAUCAGAGUGAGUAAGUGUUAUCUACGAGAUC